ACAAAAGUCGAGGAGGAAGAAGAAGGAAGAGGAAGAAAGGGUUUUAGGGUUCCAUUUCAGUGGAGAUCUUCAGUCGUCUAAUAUAUAUAUAUAUAUACACACACACAUACACACGCUGGAAGAGCGAUGAGUACAUAUAAUUACGUUGUUACGGCUCAUAAACCAACGAAUGUCACUCAUUCAUGCGUCGGCAAUUUCACUGGUCCACAAGAACUGAAUCUUAUUAUAGCGAAAUGUACCCGUAUUGAGAUUCAUUUACUUACUCCUCAAGGUUUGCAGCCUAUGUUGGAUGUGCCAAUAUACGGAAGAAUUGCAACCUUGGAACUUUUUCGUCCUCAUGGUGAAACACAAGACCUUCUAUUUAUUGCAACAGAAAGAUACAAGUUUUGUGUUCUUCAGUGGGAUGCUGAUGCGAAUGAGGUUAUUACAAGAGCAAUGGGUGACGUCUCAGAUCGCAUAGGCAGACCUACCGACAAUGGCCAGAUUGGCAUAAUUGACCCAGACUGCAGACUUAUUGGGCUCCAUCUGUAUGAUGGAUUAUUCAAGGUCAUUCCAUUUGAUAACAAAGGACAACUCAAAGAAGCAUUCAACAUCAGGCUAGAAGAGCUUCAAGUUUUGGAUAUCAAAUUUCUGUAUGGUUGUCCAAAGCCUACAAUAGUUGUUCUUUAUCAGGAUAAUAAGGAUGCUCGCCAUGUAAAAACUUACGAGGUUUCUUUAAAGGAUAAAGACUUUGUUGAAGGUCCUUGGUCUCAGAACAAUCUUGAUAAUGGGGCUGAUUUGCUAAUACCAGUUCCACCGCCAUUUUGUGGUGUGUUAAUCAUUGGAGAGGAGACGAUUGUGUACUGUAGCGCCUCUGCAUUUAAAGCAAUACCAAUUAGACCUUCUAUUACUAGAGCCUAUGGAAGGGUGGAUGCGGAUGGUUCCAGGUAUUUACUUGGUGACCAUAGUGGGCUCCUUCACUUGCUUGUCAUAGCCCAUGAGAAAGAGAAAGUUACUGGACUCAAAAUUGAGCUUCUUGGGGAAACUUCAAUUGCAUCAACUAUAUCAUAUCUUGAUAAUGCAUUUGUAUACGUUGGUUCGAGCUAUGGAGAUUCCCAGCUCAUUAAGUUGAAUCUUCAGCCUGAUGCAAAAGGUUCUUAUGUGGAAGUGCUAGAAAGAUACGUCAACUUGGGCCCAAUUGUUGACUUCUGUGUGGUAGAUUUAGAGAGGCAAGGUCAAGGGCAGGUUGUGACUUGCUCAGGAGCAUAUAAAGAUGGUUCCCUUCGCAUUGUUAGAAACGGGAUUGGGAUAAACGAACAGGCAUCUGUGGAACUACAAGGUAUCAAAGGAAUGUGGUCGCUAAGAUCAGCGACAGAUGAUCUGUAUGACACAUUCUUGGUUGUUAGCUUCAUUAGUGAGACUCGGAUAUUGGCAAUGAAUCUAGAGGAUGAGCUAGAGGAAACUGAGAUUGAGGGUUUUUGUUCUCAAGUACAGACUUUGUUCUGUCAUGAUGCUGUGCAUAAUCAACUUGUUCAGGUUACUUCAAGCUCUGUGAGACUGGUCAGUUCGACAUCAAGAGAGCUACGACAUGAAUGGCAUGCACCUGCUGAUUACUCCAUAAAUGUUGCCACAGCUAAUGCUACUCAGGUUCUAUUGGCUACUAGAGGCGGUCAUCUUGUUUACCUUGAAAUUGGUGAUGGGAUCUUGAUUGAAAAAAAACAUGCACAACUGAAGUAUGAUAUCUCAUGCCUUGACAUAAACCCCAUUGGUGAAAAUCCAAACUUCAGUAACCUUGCUGCGGUUGGUAUGUGGACGGAUAUUAGUGUGAGGAUAUUUUCACUCCCUGACCUGAAUCUCAUCACUGAGGAACAUUUAGGUGGUGAAAUUAUACCCCGCUCUGUUCUUCUUUGUGCCUUUGAAGGGAUACCUUACUUAUUAUGUGCCCUUGGAGAUGGCCAUCUUUUGAACUUCUUGCUGAACACGACGACGGGUGAAUUAACAGAUAGGAAAAAGGUGUCACUUGGGACCCAGCCAAUAACACUGCGGACAUUUUCAUCAAAGAAUACUACUCAUGUGUUUGCAGCCUCAGAUAGACCAACGGUUAUUUACAGCAGUAACAAGAAGUUGCUCUACAGCAAUGUGAACCUGAAAGAAGUCAGUCACAUGUGCCCGUUCAAUUCAGCUGCUUUUCCAGACAGCCUUGCCAUUGCGAAAGAAGGGGAGUUAACAAUUGGCACAAUUGACGAUAUUCAGAAGCUUCACAUCCGUUCAAUUCCUCUAGGUGAACAUGCACGACGUAUCUGCCAUCAGGAACAGUCUCGUACAUUUGCCAUAUGUAGUCUAAAGUACAAUCAGUCUAGCACAGAAGAUUCCGAAAUGCACUUCAUCCGCCUGUUAGAUGACCAGACAUUUGAAUUUAUAUCGACUUACUCACUCGACCAAUUUGAGUAUGGUUGUUCCAUAUUAAGUUGCUCUUUCUCAGAUGAUAGUAAUGCGUAUUACUGUGUCGGGACAGCUUAUGUUAUGCCCGAGGAAAAUGAACCAACAAAGGGCCGUAUUUUGGUUUUCAUGGUUGAAGAUGGGAAGCUACAGCUAGUUGCUGAGAAAGAAACUAAGGGUGCUGUCUACUCCUUGAAUGCCUUUAACGGUAAACUCCUUGCUGCUAUAAAUCAAAAGAUUCAGUUGUACAAGUGGAUGCUUCGUGAUGAUGGUACACGAGAGUUACAAUCUGAAUGUGGACAUCAUGGCCACAUACUUGCUCUUUACGUACAAACUCGUGGGGAUUUCAUCGUUGUUGGUGAUUUGAUGAAAUCAAUUUCACUGUUGAUAUAUAAGCAUGAGGAAGGCGCUAUAGAGGAACGAGCCCGUGAUUACAAUGCGAACUGGAUGUCAGCCGUAGAGAUUCUCGACGAUGACAUUUAUCUUGGUGCUGAGAACAACUUUAACCUUUUCACCGUCCGUAAAAACAGCGAAGGCGCCACCGAUGAGGAACGCGGCCGUCUAGAGGUAGUCGGCGAAUACCAUCUCGGUGAAUUCGUGAACCGCUUCCGACACGGUUCCCUCGUGAUGCGUUUGCCAGAUUCCGAUGUCGGCCAAAUCCCGACCAUCAUUUUUGGAACCGUCAACGGUGUUAUCGGCGUCAUCGCCUCCCUCCCUCAGGACCAGUAUGUUUUCAUGGAGAAACUUCAAACAAACUUGAGGAAGGUUAUAAAAGGCGUCGGAGGGUUGAGCCAUGAGCAAUGGAGAUCGUUUUAUAGUGAAAAGAAAACCGUGGACUCGAGAAAUUUCUUGGACGGAGAUUUAAUCGAGUCGUUUCUUGAUCUGGGUAGGAGCCGAAUGGAAGAGAUUUCAAAAACUAUGAAUGUUUCGGUGGAGGAGCUUAUGAAGAGAGUAGAAGAGUUAACAAGGUUGCAUUAGUUGGUUCAAGUUUUUUUCUCUAAAAACUCUUUUGAAACUUUUGAAACUUUGCACUUUUCUUUAUGUUUGGUUUGUAUCAUGUCAUCUUGUUGCAUAAUGAAAAAGGAAAAAAAAAAGAGAAUGGGGGUAUGAACUUGCAUUUUGCAUCUUAUUCUUUCUUGAAAUUUGAAAAUUGGUUAUAGCGGUUGAAUAGAA